UAUUCAGCUAGAUACAGUUGCUAAUUGUCUGUGUCGGUGCGCCAGUUCAAACUUGUCCAAAAAGCUUUCAAUCAAAUUAAAAAAGAAAACAAAUACAUAACUCAAAUCAAACCAAGAAUAGAUCUUCAAAGCACGUCGAAUGACAUCAAUCAAUGUUAAAUAGGAAUUGUUCAGCACUCCAUCAAAAGAACACUCGAUUUUAUCUGGGAUUUCUACAUUCAAAAAAUGAAAACUCUUCUACGAACUCAAAGAUUUUUUUGUGCAAUUUUAAUAUUUUUCUGCACUUUGGUAAGCAAUCUGCAUUCUUUCGGUACAUCAGGAGUGUUAGGCAUUGAAGUUUCAAACAUCCGACCGAUCAGAAGCAAUAAUGGAUUUUUCAAAAGUAACAGAAUCCAAGAAAAGCAUGCUAAUUUUGAGACAACCAAACCGUUGCCAUUUGUAAUUCCAAGCUACGCCAGUGGUAUUUUGAAAUCAAGACCAAUCGCUUCGAAUGUGUCACCACCAUCACAAUUUUUACUUCCACCAAUCGUGACAAAUGUUUACAAUGCUGAUACAACAACUAAAUCAUUUUCAACAACGAUCUUGAACUCAAACGAACCUGAGACAACAACAACACUGUUGCCACUAACACAAAGAUUCAGUUCAUCUUCAGUUACACAACGAUCAAAUUUCGAUGGAAAAAUUGAUACCAUUCAACCAAAGCCAUUUGCAUCUACCCAAAAGCCCUCAUCAUUUACACCAUCCAUUCCAAAAACAUCAUUCCAAUUCAAUAUUAAAUCGACGACACCUCCACCACCUCUAUCAAAAACAACAAUAACGGCGACAACAACAACAAAGACGACAGCGACAUUCCACAAGUUUGGGGAGUUUGAAAAAUCAACAUUUGGUUUGGGUUUUCGACAAAGUCGACGAGAUGAUGAGAUUUUAGAUAUUCUUGGCAAUCAGAAGCCUGGCUAUGCCAUCAGACCCGAUGGAAGCAUUGAUUCUGAAGCACUUCCGCAAUGGUCAAAUUUCGAUGGAAAAAUUCAACGGCCUAAAUUUAUUCAAGAUAGCAGCACUAAAUUUACAACGGAAAUACCGACAACUACUGUAACAAUUUCUCGAAAUUCUUCUCCAACAAAACCAACAACAACAACAAUAACAACCAAAUUGAUUGCAACAACAAAAGUGUCCAAGAAUUUCACGCAUAACCCUUGGCUUCAACAAGCCACUCCAUUUCAUCAAAUUACAUUCAAACCAUUUAUACCCUCAACGACAUUCACAACUACAACUGAUUUUCCACUAGAAACUACAACUCAAUCAUUUUUCAAAGGAAUUAGUCAAUUUCCCAAUGGUAUAGUAGCUCAAUUCGGUGGUAGUUCACCAAAACCAUUCAAUAUGAUAAAAAAAACAACCACACAGAAUGCAGUCACUCAAAAGCCUGAUUUCAAACCACAAAGUAUCAACAGCAGUAUUCAACUUCCAAAUUCAAAUUUAUUGCCACCACAACAAGAAAACACACAACUAUCAAUAAGUUUAGAAACAACAACAACGUUACCACUCAAAAAAUUCCCAACAAUAUUUACCACGUUUUCGUCAACCGUACCAACGACAGUCCCGAUGAAUACACAAGAUCAACCUACAUCAAGUAUUCAACACCAACAUAAAUCGCCAGCAAUCACUUUGCCCAGCAUUGAUUUACUUCCACCGAGAACAGCCAAUUUUAAAGCCCAUACAAUAACAAAUGAAGCAAAACCAAAUGAUUUUUUACCACAGUUGGAUCUUAAUCCAUUUUUAGCACCCUUUUUGGGAUCUACACAGAACUCGAACGAAUCGUCUUCAAAAACUACUACGUCACCACCACUACAAACAACAACGAUUAAAAAUUCACAAAUGUUACUACAAGAUUCUCCGUUUUCCUAUAAAAAACCAGCCGUACCAUUCAUUAUUCAAGCUAAUGUUCACGGCAGUGCCCAACAACAACCAUUUCAACCAAAUAUAAAAUACACAGGUUCUUUUGGCGCACCACCUGGCAUUUUGACGCCAUACGAUAAUCUCGGCUGAAUAAAUAAUAGCAACAAUUUGAACAACAGUGAAUUGAAUGAAUCUAAGGUUUUAUAUUUAUAUCCAGGAAAAAUUACGCAUAGACUAGUUUUUAAUAGAAUGAAUCGAAAAAACAAGAUUUUACCAUAAAUUGACGUGCGCUUGAUUUGGUUAAUCCAUAUUUACGAGUCACGUUUUGUUUCCACAUCACAUUUUUAUACUGAUUUAAUUAUUUCAACCAAAACAGAAAAGAAAAAAGAAAAAAAAUAUUAUGUUUAUGUGGUUUGAUGUUCC